AUGGGUCCCGAACCUACUGGCCAAGAGACGGAGUUUACAGGAAACCCGAAUGAGGCUGAUUCAGGUAGUAGUGAUCGGAAUCCUCCAACCUCUACUAGGGAGCCUGAGUUACGGACGCCGGGAGUACCACCUUCUAUUCCUGCUCCAGACACUACUGGUUGGGUGAUGGAUAAAGCCCGAAUACCCUUGUUGGCGAAGUCUGUGAAAGAUCGGACUACUCUGUUCCAUGGGGGUGCUGACCCUUGGGCGGCUCGUAGCUGGUUGAAGAACUUGGAGAGCACAUUUUGGUACAUGAAGUGUACAGAUGAAGAGAAGGUGGAGUUGGCGGCAUAUCAUCUUCGGGAUCAAGCCGUCACUUGGUGGGACAUGCAGAAGACGAUCUUUGGGGAACAACAUAUCACGUGGCAGAUGUACCGGGAGGCAUUUGAGAGACAGUAUUUUCCGGUUACAUUUUGUCUAGCCCGUCGUCAGGAGUUCCUAAACCUCAAGCAAGGCGACCGUUCUGUGAUGGAGUAUAAUGCAGAAUUCAGUAGAUUGACCGAGUUUUAUCCUCAUCUGGUGGCUCAGGAUUAUGAUCGGAUGCAACAAUUUACGCAGGGACUAGCGGCAUACAUACGACUCAAGAUGUCCGGAUUUCCCGGUAGUUCUUAUCGAGAGGUCUUAGAUCGGGCGUUAUUCAUUGAGAUGACUCAGCAACAGGUGAAUCUGGAAAAAAGUAAUAAUAAACAAGUGACACAGAAGAAAGAGAAAAGAGGUCAAAGCUCACAGGUUACUUCAGGAGGGUCCUCUCCACCUCAGAAGACAAGGCGAACCUCGGAUGGGGGUUCUCGUUCCUCUCAACGAGACCAGAAGAACAACUUUGGAGGGAUCAUGUGUUUUCAGUGUGGCUCCAAAAGUCAUACCAGGAGUGAUUGCCCGUUGGAUCAUGCUAUAUGCUUUUAUUGUAAGCUUCCAGGGCAUGAGAGUCGAAAUUGCACUCUGAAGGCUCGAUUAGAGACGACCAAAGAUACCACUCAGGGAGGGCGACCCACCCAGCCACGAUAG